UAAAAAAUUUUCAGCAGCGAGAGAUAAAUUCCAUGCCACUCUCUAAGCGGAACCUCCCUUCGAUCUCCUUCGCUGUUGAUGGUGGCUGCUGCCGGAACCUCCGCCGUGCAUGGACGACGGCGAUCCUUCCCUGUCCGAUAAAGAGGAGGGGGAGAACGAUGAGGAAGACACUCCGUUGUUGCGAGUUCCACUCGUCGAUGCUCCUAUACUCUUGUUCGUUUGCUUCCACAAGGCUUUUCGCUCCGAACUCGAUCACCUUCGUCGCUUGGCGGAAACGGCGUCGUCGUUGGAGGACGAGCCGCGCCGUUGCCGACAAAUAGUUCUUCAGCUUCAACGUAGGUUUCAGUUCCUCAAACUAGCUCAUAAGUAUCAUUGUGCUGCGGAAGACGAGGUUAUCUUCCUUGCACUGGAUACACAUGUGAAAAAUGUAAUCUGUACAUAUUCCCUUGAACAUAGAAGCACGAAUGGCCUUUUUGGUUCUGUUUUUCAUUUCUUGGAUGAGCUGAUGGUUCCUAAAGAGAAUAUUUCCAAGCUGUUUCAAGAACUUGUGUACUGCAUUGGCAUCUUGCAAACCUCCAUCUACCAACAUAUGCUGAAAGAAGAAGAGCAGGUUUUUCCCCUGUUGAUCCAGAAAUUAUCUAACAAAGAACAGGCCUCACUUGUGUGGCAAUUCAUAUGUAGUGUUCCUAUAAUGUUGCUGGAGGAAGUUUUGCCAUGGAUGGUAUCCUUCCUUUCUGCAAACAAACAAUCAGAAGUUACCCAGUGUUUAAAUGAAAUUGCACCAAUGGAAAAGGCAAUGCAAGAGGUUUUGGUUUCUUGGCUUAGAAGCAGCAAACAAACCUGUACCGAGACCUGUUUUCAGAGUGGAGAAUUUCAAGGUGUUGAUGGAUUCCUACAUAUAGAAAGAUCACUAGAGCUGAGUUAUUGUAAUAGGAACUCCGAAGAAAUUUCAAGUCCAAUGAAAGUGAAUGGCAAAGAAAUAGAAGAUGGAGCCAACCAGGUUAAUGUCCUUCAUCUUUGGCAUAAUGCCAUCAAGAAAGAUUUGAAAGAUAUUCUGGAAGAACUUCAUCUGCUAAGAAAAUCCAGCUGUUUUCAGAAUUUAGACUCGAUACUUAUCCAACUAAAAUUCUUUGCAGAUGUCCUCAUCUUCUACAGUGAUGCUCAGAAGAAAUUCUUUCAUCCUGUACUGAAUAAACAUGCUUAUGGUUGGUUGUCCAAGUCCAUUGAACAAUUUCUUGGUGAAAGUAACAUUGAAGAUAUACAACAAUUGCUAUUCUAUAACUCAGAAAGUGGAAUACUUUUGAGCAAAUUCAUAGAGAAGCUUUGCCAAACACUUGAAUCAUUUGUAUCAGGAGUCAACAAACAAUUUGCUUUUCAAGAAAAUGAGGUAUUUCCUAUCUUUAGAAAGAACUGCAGAAAUGGAAUGCAAGAGAGACUUCUAAGCUUGAGCCUAUAUAUGAUGCCUCUUGGGUUACUAAGAUGUGUUAUAACCUGGUUUUCAGUUCGCUUGUCUGAAAAAGAGUCUAGCUCCAUUCUCUAUUGCAUAAAGAAAGGAAAUAAUUCUGUCUGUAAAGCUUUUUCAUCACUGUUACAUGAGUGGUUCCGCAUUGGUUAUUCAGGUAAAACCUCUAUUGAAAAAUUCAGACAAGAACUGCAACAUAUGUUUAAAAGAAGAUGCUCUCUUUUACCCGAACAAAUUAAGGAAGCUCAUGAAUUUUCUUUCUUAAAUUCUGAGAAGCAGCCUCAUAAAGUCUCUGGCCAGAAUUGUUUGUCCUAUUCCUCCUCCUCUGGAUCCAAUAAUGUAAACAAGUAUGAGACACCAUACUCCACAGGAAUUAAUCUGCAUAUAUUUUUUCCUUCCACAGUUGCGAAGUUACAUCAGCAUCCUACAUUACAUGCAGAAGAACGUUCUUCUAUUUCUUUUCUUGAUGAUCCGAAACCAAUUGACCUAAUAUUUUUCUUUCACAAAGCUAUCAAGAAAGAUUUGGAGUACCUAGUUCUUGGCUCAACUCAGUUAGAAAAAAAUGAUAAGUUGCUUAUGGAUUUCCAUAAACGAUUCCAUCUCAUAUAUUUUCUUCAUCAAAUCCAUAGUGAUGCAGAAGAUGAGAUAGUGUUUCCAGCCAUGGAGGCAAGGGGUAAACUUAAAAACAUUAGCCAUGCUUAUACCUUUGAUCACAAACAUGAAGUUGAUCACUUCAAUAAAAUAUCUCACAUCCUUGAUAAGAUGUCUGGGUUACAUCUUUCUGUUUCUACAAUUGAUCCAAAUGUCAAGGAGAAGGGAAUUCUAAGGUAUCACCAUUUAUGCAGGAAGCUGCAAGAAAUGUGCAAAUCAAUGCAUAAGUCACUUUCUGAUCACAUAAACCGUGAGGAAAUAGAAAUUUGGCCUAUAAUUAGAAAAUUCUUCUCAAACCAUGAGCAAGGGAGGAUCAUUGGAUGCAUGCUUGGAAGAAUAAGAGCAGAGAUAUUGCAAGAUAUGAUACCUUGGCUAAUGGCAUCUUUAACACAGGAAGAACAACAUGUUUUGAUGUUCUUAUGGUCCAUGGCUACUAAAAAUACAAUGUUUGAUGAAUGGUUAGGUGAAUGGUGGGAUGGGUACAGUUUAACCAAGGUAACAGAGGGGUCAAAUGUUGCCCCUCUCCAGCCUGUUGAGCCACUGGAGAUUAUAUCCAAAUAUUUAUCUGAAGAAAUUCUGGAUGAAUUACAAGAAGAAUCAUCUGCCAACAAAAGCAUAAAUUUUUUGCAGAAGGAUCAUAAUGGUGAUAAUGUUGUGCUGUCUAACUACAACUUUGAUGAUAAAGUUAAGGUUCAUAAUGCAGAACAAAAUAAUAAUCAAUGUUCGAAACUCACAAAUCAAUUUCAUGAUCAUAACAAACAUGCUUGCAAUGAAGUAACAAAUAUCAUAAAUCCUGUAAACAAUGAAGGUAAGUAUUCUCAACUUUGUGACAAGUCUGGGCGUUAUGACCGACUUUUGAAAUUGAGUCAAGAUGAUUUGGAGACGGUGAUAAGAAGGGUGUCUCGUGACUCUUGCUUGGAUCCUCAGAAAAAGUCAUACAUAAUACAGAACCUACUAAUGAGUCGUUGGAUUAUUAGGCAGCAGAUCUCUUCUACAGAAGCCAAUAUAAAAAAUGAUGAACUGGAAUUUCCUGGGAAACAUCCAUCUUACAGGGACCCUCUCAAACUAAUCUACGGUUGUAAACACUACAAGAGGAACUGUAAGCUUUUUGCUCCUUGUUGCAACCAACUUCAUACCUGCAUACAUUGCCAUAAUGAGGAAUCAGAUCAUUCAGUUGACAGAAAAUCUAUUACAAAGAUGAUGUGUAUGAAGUGCUUAGUGAUUCAACCAAUCAGUGCCACAUGCUCAACAAUUUCAUGUAAUUUAUCGAUGGCAAAAUAUUACUGCAGGAUCUGCAAAUUAUUUGAUGAUGAAAGGGAAAUUUACCAUUGUCCUUACUGUAACCUGUGCCGAGUUGGAAAGGGUUUGGGUGUAGACUACUUUCACUGUAUGAAUUGCAAUGCUUGUAUGUCUCGUUCUCUUAUGACACAUACAUGCAGGGAGAAACAUUUAGAGGACAACUGUCCAAUUUGUCAUGAAUAUAUCUUCACAUCCUGCUCUCCGGUAAAAGCCCUCCCAUGUGGUCAUGUAAUGCACUCAACAUGUUUUCAGGAAUAUACCUGCUUUAAUUAUACCUGCCCAAUAUGUAGCAAGUCACUUGGAGACAUGCAGAAUGACUUGCAGGUAUAUUUUAGGAUGUUAGAUGCGUUGUUGGCUGAAGAGAGAAUUUCUGAUGAGAUUUCUAGUCAAACUCAGUUGCAGGUUUUAUUAUGUAAUGAUUGUGAAAAGAAAGGAGAGACCCCCUUCCACUGGCUCUACCACAAAUGCCCUAGUUGUGGUUCCUACAACACUAGAGUUCUAUGAUUCUUCCAUUGAGAGCAUAAAGUUGCUUCUUCCUUGCUUCUUUGUAUUUAAACACUAGGUUGUAAAACAUUUGAUGUUUAUCUGUAUUGCUUGUGCCAAAAUAAUCAUUCUAAUUUAAAAAUAUCUUCUCGUCCAUGGCAUUUUAUUGAUCUUGCAUUGCAAAAUAUUAGAAUCA